AUGCCGUCGAGUGCUAGAGAGAUUCGCAACGUGCUUCGAAAAGAAAAGAUGCAGCGCAAGAAAGACGCUGCCGAGCAAGCUGCAAUUCAUUCCGGAGACAUCGAAAUGGGCGAAGAUAAAAACCCCCAUGACACCACCUUUCCACCUCUGGGACUCCGUCCUACAAGCCUGAGGAAUAAUCCGACGAAAACGACGGCACAAGCUAGGAAGCAUGCGAGGAAAAUAGCGGCGGACAAUGCGACCGACCUUUCGCUCUCCGGCGCCAACGAUGGGGACCAGGCGGGCGAGAAAGCUGAACCGUCCAAAGCACAACAGAAAAAAGCCAGAAAGCAGAAGAGAGAGGAAUGGCGUGUACUAUUGCUCCGCGUUGCCCAAAAGAUUUCCGGCGACGAUACUCUCCUGGAGAUAGUCAAGAACUCCUACACCAGUGAAGGUCGCACGGAACUAUUCAAUGCCGUCGCUGCAAUUGACCCCGGCGCUGGCAGAGAUUCGAAUCUCAUCAGUGAACUCAACGCCAUUUGUGAUAGGCACACCCUCGAACCUCUCCGGGUAGCACUGAAGUAUCGUCACGACGUGAAGGCUCUCCGAGAUUCAAUUGCUGAGAGAGACAAGGCGGAGCUCCUGGCACGUUUUGAGGAGAGUCUAACUGUUCAGGAAUAUGAAAACAAGAAGCUUGAGCUCGAGGAACAGCGCCGGGCGGGACAGCGCAAGUUCGUUCAGAACGAAGCGGCUGCGGGUAGGGAGGUGCGAGAUCCUGGGGUUGAUGCUAGGGCUAGGCGUGACAGGAUAAGGUUACAUAGUCGUCUUAUGGCAAAGCAGAAACGACAGGAAUUGGCGGGGGCAAACAGUGCUGGUGAAAUGAAUGACAUUUAUGCUAUCAUUGGAGGCUUGAAGUUUGAUGCUGGUGCAGUCGACAAAGACACCGGUUCAGGGACUGACACUGCCUCGGAGGUUGUACCUGUCAAGGAGAUGUCUCUUCCUGAUCCCUAG